UACAGCUACUUUCCUCAAUGUAAAAGAUGAAAGAAAAUGGUUAAAAGUGGGUGAAAGUGAAACUGUAAAUCCAGUCUACCACAAGCCGCCUAAUAAGAUACAGCUAGCUCAGUCCGUCUGCUCUCAAUAACCAUAAAAGCGUGGGCUUUAAUGCUUUUAAGAGAAUUGUGAGAGAGAGAGAGGGUGUGCAGAUGUUCAUGGACAAAGGAACAGUUUCAACUCUGCAAAUAGCAAGUUUGGGUUUUUAAUUCAUCUCUCGAAAUUCGAUCCCUCUGAAGUCUGAACUUCCUUCUUCCUUCUUCUUGUCUUUCCUUCCACUGUACCCUUUGUACUGCCAUUGGCGAGUUUUCAAGUUUUAACCAGAGCUAUUACUAUACACUUUACAUGUAAAAACCAUAAAAGAAACCACUCUUUAGUUUCUCCCUCCUUAACACCGACAUGUCUCAAAAAACAAAGAAACCCCACUAAAACCCACAAACCCAAAUUACUCUAUCUUUACUCGUUUCAAUUAUUUCCUCUCAAAGCUGACACCUUUUUUCACUAUUUUCUUCCAAUUUCGCAGUACCAGUCUCAACGACGUUGCUGAGUAAAGAUGCUGGAGUACGAAUGGGGGAACCCCUCAUCGAUAAUGCUCGGUGGGGACGAAACAACGUCGACCCAAGAAACUGAUCCAAACCGUCAGAUUUUCAAUCAUUACAGUCAACAAUCCUACCACCAUGAAACCCUAAUCCCUCAUCCUCCAACAAACUUGUUCCAUCAACACGCACAUUACAGCAGUAACCUUAACGGUUUCUACGACCCACGCGCGUUUUCUAGCGCGUCGGCCUUCGCAGCCCCGCAGUCCUCGCUCCUCGACGUGGUGCCCAAUUCGGGCGGUGGAGGCGGGUUCUUUGUGGUUCCGAAAAGCGAGGAGGUUUCCCCUCGGCCGGACUUCACGACGAGGAUUGGGCUCAAUUUGGGCGGAAGGACUUACUUCUCGUCUGCGGAGGAUGAUUUCGUGAACCGCCUGUACCGGCGGUUCAGGCCGGCAGAAUCGGGAACGACAAAUUCGCCGAGAUGUCAGGCCGAAGGGUGCAAUGCCGAUCUAACCCACGCAAAGCACUACCAUCGGAGACACAAGGUCUGCGAGUACCACUCAAAGGCUGCUACUGUUAUCGCGGCAGGGUUGACUCAGCGAUUCUGCCAGCAGUGUAGCAGAUUCCACCUUCUCUCGGAAUUCGAUAAUGGGAAACGCAGCUGCAGAAGGAGACUGGCCGAUCACAAUCGCCGCCGCCGGAAAUCCCACCAAUCAAACCAAGAAACCACCCGGAAAUCACAGCUCGAUAACGCUCGCAACUCCUCUGAAAAUCUCACAAUCUCUCCACCGGAUUCCUCGGCUGGUCAGUCAACAUCCUCCGUAACCGUGGCCGUGUCACCACCGCGAAUCUCCUUGGAUUGUUUCCCGCCAAGAUGUUAUCAAGCAAAUGGUUCGACUUCCGCCUCAUCAACAUCAAAUCAACUGUUCUUCUCUAGUGGGUGAUUUAAUCAUUAACCUGGUCGCUAAAAAUGCAGGCGAAAGAAAUUAAUUAGCACUUGCUUUCAUUUUCUUUGAAUUAAUUCCAGUGAUGUUAACUCUAAUACUUUGUUUGAAAAUAAUUAAGAUUCCCAUCUACUUAUUUAUGUA